AUGAAGAAGGCGGGAGCACUGGUGACGGAAACCGUGGAAUACACACCGGUUAAAAACACACAGACCAUCCACAUCUUGGAUGAACCCAGGAUGGAAGAUGAACUCAGUGAGAAAUUCGCUCACCUGAGUGCAAGUGUGGAGAGGUCGAUCACAGGACGAAUCGACGGUAUGGGUGUCAAAUCGGAAAUCGUCCGGAAGAAAUUGGUGGUCCACAACCCGGAGAACGCUGUCUGGACAGGCAAGAGGGCAGCUUUUUGGAACCGUGUCCAACAAUGGGUCAAGCAAGGCAGACAUCAUGGAGACGCGCAUCCGGUGGCGCGCCUAGUCCAACGUAGACUCAACGUGUACUAUGAGGGCGAUGCGCAGAGCCGGGAGGAUAUGCUUGUGAGUAUCCUGGGACGAGGCACAGACGCCAGACUUGUCCUAAAGCGCAUUGAUGAACAGCAAUGCUACGCGAGAAAGGCGGACAUAGAGGAGACAGCCCACCAGUACAAGCAAUGGCUCAGCAAGGCCAUGGAAAAGGGCAUGCGACCGCUGUACAAUGCCUUGCGGAAAGACGAACAAGUGGUACAGAGACCCUACAUGGAAUAUGACAUGCUGGAACGGCCACACAUUCGACGUGACCACUGGGCGGCGGUGUGGACGAAGGGCACACCGAUGGCACAAACGGCCUCGCUCAUGCUGGAGCUUGAGGAUGCAGCCAAAAAACAGGCGGCCAGCGUGGAGCCGCUGAAUCCUGAAGAGGUCAAGGCAAGGAUCAAGAAAUUGGCCCUCAAGAGCCCGGGGCCGGAUGGAUGGCGGAUCGACCAUUUGCAGGCCAUGGACGACAAAGCGGUCGAAGCAGUAGUGGCUUUCUACCAUGAGUGUGAGGCCAAAGCAACAUGGCCGAAACAAAUGACAGUCUCACUUAUUGCAAUGCUGCCUAAGAAUCUGACCCGGGAGAGACCAAUCGCCUUGUUGCACAUCCUGUACCGAACCUGGGUCCGAUUGCGAUGGGAUUUGGUAAGUACUUGGCAGGUGAGUUACGCAAAAAAUGCCAAGUACGACAAGGCGGUCCCAGGCAGUUGCUGCCUGGACGUGGCUGUAGGCAGACUGUUGCGAAACGAGGUGGCGAAGACAAAUGGUGUGCAUGUGGUGUCGCUAUUUUUGGACCUUGAGUCCUUUUUCGAUACCAUCCAAUUUCAGCAACUGAUAGCGGCAGCAACGGACCUGCAAUAUCCACCGCUAAUCCUGAAAAUGGCACUGGAAGUGUACAUGGGUGCCAGAUACUUGGCAGCAGAUGGGGUGCUAUCGGCAGGCAUCAGAGCUACGAAUGGAGUGCAAGCGGGGUGCCCUGCGGCGCCGUCGUUAGCGAAAGUGGCAUUGCGCCCGACGAUUGACAAGAUCCAAAAGCGCAAAGAUGUGGCAAAUGUGGACUGCUGGUUGGAUGAUGUCUCAAUUGACGUCCAGCAUAAAUCCUUCAAACAAGCGGCAGACAGUGCGAUCCGAGUCUACCGCAGCUUAAAGGACGGGAUGGACGCAAAUGGGUUCACGAUUUCAUCCAAGAAGACAGGGUUUGUAGCCAGCAGUACCCAGGCGAGCAAGCACCUGCGAGAACUACUGUUACCGCAUGACCCACAAGUGUACGACGUGAUGCGGGACUUGGGCGUCGACAGUACCGGUGGGCGAAAGCGUCGUUUGGUGACGUCGGCCACACGGGCAAAAAAAGCACAUGCCCGACAGAGCAAGCUGUCCAGGCUGGGGCCGCCGCCCAGCACUAAACUCCGCGUAGUCAAGGCCGCGAUCACAUCCGUUGCUUUGUGGGGGCACCCAUCCGUGGGAGUAUCGCCCAAAAGAAUGAAGUGGCUCCGAACAGUGGUGGGCAAACACCUGGGCAAAUACAAGCUUGGUAGUUUGGAAACCAUACUGGAUAUGGGAGCCAAGAAAUGUCAGGACCCGAAGCGCACAAUCCACAAGCAGCAUUUCAAGGUGGUGGCAAAAGUUUUCAGCGCAUGGAUUGGUGGAGGCAAAGCCCACUUUGAAUUGGCCUGGAAAGCCACUUGGAGGAGGUUAAGUGCGGCCAAACACCACUGGCCACUGGUCACGGGACCGAUGGCAGCAACCAUGGCGUACUUAAUGGAUUUGAAGGUGGAUGCAAGUGACCCGGGCAAAUGGAAGAGAGGAAAUGUCCUCAACGUCGAUUGGACCCAGCCACGCAUGGGUGGCCUCGCCUACAAAUGGCUUGAGGGAUUCCUCGAGGAACAAAAAAGGGCUGCAAUAACGCGACAGGCAGGUGGAAAGGGGGCCCAGGAGGGGCUGGAUUGGACGCCGCAUCACAAGCUGACGAAGCUGGGAGGCUUAAGCCCGGGCCUUAUGGAAGGGAUGAAGUCAGUGUGGCAUGCGGGCGUCAUCACGGAGUCCAAGCCUGGCUGGUGCAAGAAGUGCCAAGUGCCAGCCACUCUGGAGCAUGUCCUCAAAGAAUGCCCUUACUGGCGAGACCAAGGGUUCAAAGAACCCAAGCUCCAGGAAUACCUGCGCCGCAAAUACCCAUGGGAGUGUCUGUGGACAAGGGCACUCCUGCCCAAGCCGGCGGUGUGGCACCCAAAGCCGCCGGAGCAUCUUUUGGGACUGCGCUACCAAGGAUGCUUUGCAGCAGACGCUAAAGUGGAAGCAGAAGGCUUGAUCUUCGCCACUGACGCCAGCGGAGGUCCAGGAGGAAUAGACCCACGUGUACAAACAUCCGCCCUCGCAGUGGUGGCUAUGACCUGGAAAGAUGGUGAGUUGGUGAAAGUCGGACAAAUUACGGAGCUGGUCUACCCGUGGCAGCCGGUAGUGGACAUGGAGCGCCGUGCACUUUUCAGACUAAUGGAGCACACGGAGGAUCUGAUUGACGUCACAAUGGACUGCAAGCCGGCAGUCCAAGCGCUACAAAAAAUACAACCGCCGGACGAUGACCUGGAAUGGAGCAAAGUGUGGAAUGGAAAGAAACGAAUCAAAGCAACAUGGGUCCCGUCCCACAAAACAGAAGAAGCAUUCCUGGCAAAAAUGGGCCCGGGCACGUUGUGGAGACGUGCAGCGAACGACAUGGCGGACAAAGUAUGUGGCGAAGUAGCGGCGGCUGCUUACAGCCCAGCGCACAAGAGACGUGUCAAAGAGCUGGACAAUGUGGUGCGUACACUUUCACUGGCUUACGGAGAACGCGCAGCCCACAUAUUGCGGAAGCGCAACGAAGCAGAUUUCCCCUUCAUCCUGGACCAUGCGCAUUACAAGGAGAAGAUGGAAGCCUCGCAGAAAGCUGAGGGAUGCAAAAAAGAGCAUGGCAGGGCCAAACUCAACAAACGCCAGCGGCUUUGGCAGUUGCUCGAAAAACCGGAGCGUGGGCACCAAUGGGAGAAGGGAAGUGAACACCCCCGGAAUUUAACACUGAAAUGCCAACUGUGCGGGUUGUAUGUACAACAAACCCUCACGAACUUGGAGGUGGUAUUGGAGCAGUACUGCGUCAACCAGCCGGAGGCGCGAGUGCGGGAAGAGUGGGGUAUCCACCCCUCCCAUAAUAUGGUGAAUUUGGGAAUCCGAUGGGUUUGCACAAAGUGUGACAGAACACAUGCACCGGUCAGCCAGAAGUGCAAUAAAAGCCUGGCGGGUGAGUGCAAAUCGCGGACUUCUCAGGGCAAGCUGGCAACCCAAGCGCAAACCCUUGUCAAUGGUGGAAGUAUGAGCAACGUCCAGUUUCAACAGCCUCGCGUUCAGUUUGGUGGGAAACACGCCAAAGCUAAGAGGGCAAACUACACUCACCUACAAGCGGCGUGUCGCAGUCUCGCUCGCUGCCGCACAAGGAACGAUUGGGUCUACCAAGCGGAGACCUACCUCAGUGAAGAGCGGAAGCAACUGAAUCGGCCGGACAAAGGCAAGGGUAAAAGCAAGAACAAGCAGCAGGAUCAGCCCCGAGACCGUUCCCCGCUUCGACAGGCCAGACACCCGGAGCAGACUUGGGAUAGGGAUGAGGAGAGUGCUUCGGAAUCUCCGGUGGGUCCGGUACGCCUACGGGAGAGAGGAGAAGACAGUGCGGCCUCGCACCAAGCUGAGGGUGUCAAUGAAGAGCAAGAGGCAAGCCAGCCUCGCACAGUCACGCUGGCGGAAGGACCAGGUGCCCACAAUAUGGCCUCGCACGAAGCUGAGGGACAGGUGCGGGGCGCACUCGACGAGGAUAUGCUCUGGAUCGGCUAUGGGACCCUGUGGGCAGGAUGGAUUGGAGUCCUUUUCGACGAGGCGGUGGAGGGUUACUACCACCACUACUUCUAUGGAAGUAUCAUCCGCAGGGCAGAGCUGUUCAACACAUGGUGGCAGGAACAUCGCCAAGAAGCCGGGGUCCUCAGACAGUCCCUGUUUUACCUGGUGGCUAUAACGUCAUGGCUGACCAUGCAAGGAGUUGCUCUAUCGGAUAUCACGGUAAGCAACGUUGGGCGCGACCCGAUGUCAGGAUCGCUACCACGGGCAGUGUUCUUUGACACGGCAGAGUGGUCGACGCUGCAGGAGGAGAGAUACAAGUUAUCAUGCGGCCUCGUACGCCGCCUGGAGAAAUAUGACGAGGAGCUACUGGCAACCAUACGUGGAUUGGUCAGAACGUACGACGGCAAAGCCAGCGCGCUUUGGAUGGCGUGCGUAGGUGACAACGCGGCUGAUGCCCACCCAGGGGAUGGAGAUGGUGAUGUCGGGCCCAGGCACCGGAUGGCCUACGAUGUGGGCGAGUGCCUGUGGAUGAAGUGGGUAAGACAUCUUCAAGUCAGGUACAUAUUGACGCAGCCAGCUUAUGUUGCACACGAUGCCGAGACCUUCGAUCCUGACGACGACGAGGUGAUAGAGGUGCUGGAGGAAGGCCAAGAAGUCUACGCUGUAGAAAUCGUGGAGCUGACGGAAGAGAAUCGAGUGCGGGCUCGCCUCCAUGAGCCGGACGGUUGGGUGACCUUAGUCAACACGGCGACGGGCGUUCGACGAGCUGUGGCCAAGCAGGAGUGGCUCGAGACCCACGUGGCUGAAGUACCGAUGUCUGGUCAGGAAGGAGGAGUCCACGAGCCGGACGAGCCCGAAGAUGUCGAGCAUGACUCUGCCAGUCAGGAAGGAGGAGUCCACGAGCCGGACGAGCCCGAAGAUGUCGAGCAUGACUCUGCCAGUGGGGCAGAAUCUGAACAAGAAGCGGGUUCUCGUGCAGGGUCUGGGCAGUCCGUCGAUGAAGACGACUUGGAUUCUCCAAGAAAGCGUGACCACGAGUAUGAUUCCUACUCUGAAGACGAGGAUGGCAAUGAAAGGCGCCAGGGGAAGGCCUACGAUGUGGGCAUGUACAUAUUGACGCAGCCAGCUUAUGUUGCGCACGAUGCCGAGACCUUCGAUCCUGACGAUGACGAGGUGAUCGAGGUACUGGAGGAAGGCCAAGAAGUCUGUGCUGUGGAGAUCGUGGAGCUCAAGGAAGUCAAGCGAGUGCGGGCUCGCUUGCAUCAACCGGACGGUUGGGUGACCCUAGUCAACACGGCGACGGGCGUUCGACGAGCUGUGGCCAAGGAGGAGUGGCUCGAGACCCACAUGGCUGAGUCCCGCGCACCUGGUGGCGAGGUGGGGUCUGCGUCGGAACGUGGCUCCCCUGCAGAAUCCGAACAGUCAGCCGACGAAGAUGGGGAAAGCCCGUGGCACGAGCGUGACGCUGGUGGUAGCGACGACGAUCCCUUGUCCGAAGACGAAGAUGGCAAUGAGCGGCCCAGGCGCCAGAAGAUGGCCUACGAUGUGGGCGAGUACAUAUUGCUGCGGCCAGCUUUCGUUGCGCGCGAUGCCGAGACCUUCGAUCCUGACGACGACGAGGUGAUCGAGGUGCUGGAGGAAGGCCAAGAAGUCCGUGCUGUGGAGAUCGUGGAGCUCAAGGAAGACAAGCGAGUAGUGUCAGGUAAAUGCAACUGGGCCAAGAAUGGCCAGCAGCACACAACUACCUCAGAAAAGACAAGCGAGCUCGCCUCCAUGAGCCGGACCGUGCAACGUUGUGAGAGAGGGAGAGAGAAUGAGAGCCAGAGAGCGAUCCCAUGCCGGGCGAAGGACGGCUGGGUGACCUUGGUCCACAUGGAGUCGAAUGUCCGAAGAGUCAUGGCCAAGGAGGAGUGGCUGAAGACCAUGGAAGCUUCAAGGCAGCACCUACCUGACCCAAUGGAGCCCAACAAGCAGACACGAGAACAAAAGCCAGGCAUUCACCAAGCUAGCCGGCAAGCUUGGCCCGCUUAG